GCGGGGGAGCGUCUUAUUCAGCCUGUGGAUCCUCAGUGGCAUUUCCUCCAACACUGACGACUUGUUGACAUACCUCGUAGUUUGUUUGUUUUUCCUGGGAAUGUCGAGCUUAUACUUCCGACUGAAAGACCUGCUCUAGCUCAAUUUCUUUUGCUAUCAAAUUGUAUCAUUUAGGGGAAGGAGCAGUCUUUUAACGGCAUCAUCAAAGUAGUAGUUUAAAAAUAGUGGGGAAAAUUGGAUAUAGAUAAAUACUUUCAAAAGAGUGGAGAUAACCCUUGCUUGCAGUCUGAGCAAACCUGAGCCUGUAGGCUUAUGCAAAGCAUUUUCCUAGGCAGUGUGUGUACAAAUGUGAAAAGCCUCAACCCUUGCCCUUCUAGAGGACUUUACCUUCCAAGGAAAGAAUAUUUCCAUGAUGUGAUAAAGAAAUGUCUAUAUAGAAAUUGGGAUCUCCAUUUCAACUUUAAGAUGGAGUCUGUUUCAGCCCUAACUGAGGAAUUGGAUUCUAUUACCAGUGAGCUACAUGCAGUAGAAAUUCAAAUUCAAGAACUUAUGGAAAGGCAACAAGAACUGAUUCAGAAAAAAGCCGUAAUAACAAAGAAAAUAAAGCAGUGUUUAGAGGAUUCCCAUGAUGCCGGGGCAAGCAAUGAAUGUGAUUCUUCACCUGCUGCUUGGAAUAAAGAAGAUUUUCCAUGGUCUGGUAAAGUUAAAGACGUUCUGCAAAAUGUCUUUAAACUACAGAAGUUCAGAGCGCUUCAGCUUGAAACUAUUAAUGUGACAAUGGCUGGGAAGGAAGUAUUCCUUGUUAUGCCCACAGGCGGAGGAAAAAGCUUAUGCUACCAGUUACCAGCAUUAUGUUCAGAUGGCUUUACACUCGUGAUUUGCCCACUGAUCUCUCUUAUGGAAGACCAGUUGAUGGUUUUAAAACAAUUAGGAAUUUCAGCUACCAUGUUAAAUGCCUCUAGUUCUAAGGAGCAUGUGAAAUGGGUUCAUGCUGAAAUGGUAAAUAAAAACUCCAACCUAAAGCUAAUUUAUGUGACUCCAGAGAAAAUUGCCAAAAGUAAAAUGUUCAUGUCAAGACUAGAGAAAGCCUACGAAGCCAGGAGGUUUACUCGAAUUGCUGUGGAUGAAGUUCACUGCUGCAGUCAGUGGGGGCACGAUUUCAGACCAGAUUAUAAGGCCCUUGGUAUCUUAAAGCGGCAGUUCCCUAAUACAUCACUAAUUGGGCUGACAGCGACUGCAACAAGUCAUGUUUUGAAAGAUGCUCAGAAAAUCUUGUGUGUUGAAAAGUGUUUUACUUUUACAGCUUCUUUUAAUCGGCCAAAUCUUUAUUAUGAGGUCCGGCAGAAGCCCUCAAACACUGAAGAUUUUAUUGAGGAUGUCGUAAAGCUCAUUAACGGGAGAUACAAAGGGCAAUCAGGAAUCAUAUAUUGCUUUUCUCAGAAAGACUCUGAGCAAGUUACGGUUAGCUUACAGAAUUUAGGAAUUCAUGCAGGUGCUUACCAUGCCAAUAUGGAACCAGACGAUAAGACCAAGGUUCAUAGAAGAUGGUCAGCCAAUGAAAUUCAGGUAAUAGUGGCAACGGUUGCAUUUGGUAUGGGAAUUGAUAAGCCAGACGUGAGGUUCAUUAUUCACCAUUCAAUGAGUAAAUCCAUGGAGAAUUAUUACCAAGAGAGCGGACGUGCAGGUCGAGAUGACAUGAAAGCAGACUGUAUCUUGUAUUAUGGCUUUGGAGAUAUAUUCAGAAUAAGUUCAAUGGUAGUCAUGGAAAAUGUGGGACAACAGAAGCUUUAUGAGAUGGUGUCAUACUGUCUCAACAUAAGCAAAUGUCGCCGGGUAUUGAUAGCUCAACAUUUUGAUGAAGUAUGGAACUCAGAAGCAUGUAACAAAAUGUGUGAUAACUGCUGUAAAAACAUCUCAUUUGAAAGAAAGAAUGUAACAGAGUACUGCAGAGAUCUCAUCAAGAUCCUGAAGCAGGCAGAGGAACUGAAUGAAAAACUCACGCCCCUUAAACUGAUUGAUUCUUGGAUGGGAAAGGGUGCUGCAAAAUUGAGAGUAGCAGGUGUUGUUCCUCCCAUGCUUCCUCGUGAAGAGCUGGAGAAAGUCAUUGCACACUUUCUUCUACAGCAGUAUCUCAAAGAAGACUACAGUUUUACUGCAUACGCUACCAUUUCAUAUUUGAAGAUAGGACCCAAAGCCAAUCUGCUGAACAGUGAAGCACAUGUUAUUACUAUUCAAGUAAAGAAGCCCACACAGAGCUGGUGCGGGGUUGACUCAUCUCAAACUUGUCCUUCUAAACAAGCUGCUGAUAAAAACAAAGAAGACAGAAGUUCAGGUAACUUCCAGAAGAAGUCUGCAAACGUGGGUCAGCAAUCUGGCUCUAAGAACACUGGGGCUAAAAAAAGAAAAAUUAAUGAUGCCUGAGAUGUGUAACUAAAUUUUCCAAGAAAAGAAGUUUAUGCAUGUGUACACCAUUAGUUUAAUAGUUGCAGUUUACUGGAGUUUUUAAAACUAUUUCACUGAUAUUUUAUAUAUAUGGAGCUACUUUUGCAGAGCUUAUCUAUGAAGAUUUGAGAAUUUGACACCUUUUGAAAAUUAGAGAUCACGAAUUAUAUAAUACAGUAUGAAACAGGGGAAAAUCUUUUGUUAUGUAUAAGUGCUUUAUGCUUUGAUAUAUACCUAGUUGGCUUUUCUUCUGAAAUAACUUUGAUAGCAAUAUUAUACUGACAUAGGCUCAUUACUAAGAGUGAGUGGCAUUUUAAGAUGAAUAAUGCAGAGGAUAUCAGGUAUAAAAACAGAUGCAGAAUUCAAGCAAAAAGGAAUAAAGCAUCAAUACAAAUAAUAUCAGCAAAUAAGAUACUGCUACAUCUUUCUUUAAGUAAAAUACAAGUAGAAGGUUUCUGAAACCACAGCUUGUUUUGACAUUUCUAGUGGACCAGAAUAGCUCUGGUCCACUAGAGCACAUUUUGGCUAAUAGAGUUAUUUAGCUAAAUUUGCUCCAGAGCUAAAUCACAAAUGAACAUAUUUAAGUUCAAAAUACAAAAAUGAAUAACGAGACUUCUUACAAAGUAAGUGGUUAAAUUUAUAAGAAAAAUAUUUAUGUAAAUAAAUUAUAUGGCCUAAUUUCAUCCGAAUUUUAUUUUUAUAUACUUUUCCACUAAAAUCAUCAUUAUGUCUACAUUUUUAACUUCAGUGAGGUCAUCAUUAAAUCAGUGUAGCCAUUCA